GAUAAAGAAUCCCACUCACACACAGAAAUAUAUCGUACAUACAAGCUCAAUAUCACAGUUAACUAAGCAGUUCACACACUCUAGCAAGGAGCAAAAAUGAAGGGAGCAGUCACAGCAGUUCUGGUUGUUGUAGGUCUUGUUCAACUCAUGGCAAUGCCAGGAGAAGCUGUGGAUUGUGGGCAAGUGAAUUCGGCUUUGGCCUCUUGCAUUCCCUUCCUGACUGGAGCAGACACUGCUCCAUCAGCUGCAUGUUGCGGUGGAGUCAAGAAUUUGAAGGCGCUUGCUCCAACCACAGCCGAUAGGCGAGCUGCCUGCGACUGCGUUAAGGCUGCUGCCUCUCACUAUCCAAAUAUAAAUGAAGAUUCGGCCUCUUCACUCCCUAAAAAAUGUGCGGUUGAAGUGAACAUUCCCAUCUCCAAAAACACAAACUGUCAGAACAUCAACUAAAAUGAAGGCAUGUUGCAGUGAGAAAUAAAGCUUCGAGAGUCUCCGAUGUUGGCAUCUCCUUAAUUUCUGUAUACUUUAUAUCUAAACAAAAUUGUUACGAGUCCUUCAAUGAUUUAAAUAAAAACUCAUUUCAUUAAAAGAUA